AUGGUAAAAAGGGAAUCGCACCAGAUCCGCGUCGAUUUGGCCGGAUGCGAUUUGGUCGCCAAGGUAUUGGAAGCUCUUUUCAUGAGAGGUCAUGUUGAGGAAGCCCUUGGACGCAUUGAUCUGCUAAUGCACAAUGGUUGUGCACCCAAUUUUGGUAGUCUUCUAUAUAUUCUGUCUGAGAAAGGGAAGACCGUUGUUGCUCUGAAGUUGUUGUGGUUUGAGUUGAUAUGGAUUGGUUGGGAAGGGGCGAUGGUUGGGGUUUGGGUUUGGACUACCGUGGGUAAGAGAUUAGGUGAAAGUGGGGUGGCAUCCUUGCGGCUUGUUUUGCUCUUGAGAUGCCUUGGCAGUUAUGCCCAAAAGCUUGAUCUGAAACAAUAUGCCGGAAGGCUCAUAAAGCUUUUCAAAGGCCUUGAAGCUUUUGAUCGUAAGCCUCCGGAGAAAUCAAUUGUGCAAAAGUGGCAGAUGUACCAAAAAUACAAAUCUACAAAGAGAAAGGAUGUUUUCGAUUGCCAUUUACCAGAUACUGCUAAAUCUGCCCCAGAAUUGGUCUUCCUUGAGAGUGUAAUGUCUGCAAUUUACAGUUUUCUCAACUCUUUACAGGUUACAUUACAUAACGCACUUGUUCUGUCUUUCUCUGAUUUGGGUUCACUUGGAAGCCUUUGUUGUGAUUCAAGAAGCCUCUUUGCGGAUUCAGAUAGUGGACUAAUAAAGAUGUUGUCGUUGCGAAAAGCAUUGGUGUUUCUUAUACUUCAGUUUCUCGAAGAUGAGAAAUUCGAGGAGUCUCUUCACAAGCGAGACAAGGCAAAGGCGCUUGAAAUGUUAGAUAAUGAGUUAAAAGUGUUUUCAACAUUGAAUGAGGAAGGUUACAAAGAACUUACACAACUUUUAACUCUCAGCAAUUUCAGGGAAAAUGAGCAGCUGUCCAAGUAUGACACCAAAACAGCUCGUAGCAUACUUUUGAUAGAGCUCAAAAAACUGAUGGAAGCAAACCCACGUUUCCGCAAUAAGCUAACUUUUCCCACCCUAAAGGAUUCAGGAUUGCAGUCUCUAAUGAAUGGUUUAAACUGGCUGCACCUGUUCGGCAAGAACCCAUGGGCAAAAAAGAACCCAAGGCCAGAAAAGAACCCAGGGCUAAACCCUGACAUUAAGACUGAGUUUACUGACGAUACAUGUACACCUCCAAAUGGUCCUCCUGUUGCAGCAGAUGCAAAGCCAGCUUCUUCCAAUCCUAAAAUGGGAAUUUGGCUAACUCCCGAACAUAUCAAUCAAAAUGUCAAGGCCUUGAAGAAGGCACGGGAUAGGGAACUUGAGGAACAAAAGUUGUUACUGAAAAAUCUAGAAUAUCUGCAUGGCAUUAUUAAACUAGACUGUAUGAAUGGCCAGGACUUCGCUUCUAUGCAACUUGAUGAGUUACGUGCGAUUUUAGAGAAGCUUGUGAGGCACGGUUCUAGUAACGUCCGAGACAAGGCCAUAUAUAUUAGUCAGAAGCUUGAUGCAAACCAAGGAGCUGGACAAGCCGAUCAUACAUAUUGGAAUGGAGCUGAAUUUGCACAAGACUCUUUCUCACUUCCUAGUGGCCCAAUUACAAGACUUAGAGCCAAACGUUUCAAGGAAACUAAAUGGGCUAAUCCAAGAGAAUUGGACUGAUUCUAAAAAGACCAAGAUGGGCUCAAAUAAUAAUCAAAGCUUAGUCCAUGUCAU